AUGGAAGGAAAUAGCUUACCUGAAUCUAGAGUUACUGGUGUGUGUAAAGUGCAGGAGGUUUUUGUACGGCUGUUCAAUGAGUCUGUGUCACUGUGGUGGACUUUCGGUGGAGGCACCAAACUCAUCGUUGACUUGGGUGUGGUACCUCCCUCCCUGACUGUCCUACUUCCCUCCAGUGAGGAGCAGGACCAGGGGAAUGUGGCCCUAGUGUGCCUGGCCAACAGGGGCUUCCCGGAGGGCUGGAAGCUGGGUUGGAGGCUGGGGGCCGGGGGGGCCUUGCAGGGCAGCCAGAGUCUGGAGGUCCUGGAGAAGGAUGGUCACUACAGCUGGAGCAGCAGCCUCACCCUCCCCACUGACCAGUGGAGGAAGGCUGGCUCAGUCACCUGUGAGGCCACCCUAAAGGACCAGACCCCCGUCACUCACACACUGGAGCCACACCACUGCUCCCAGUAGACACCCUGUACACAGAGAACAUCUACCUACAGAGAACAUCUACCUAGCUUCAUCUCUGGUCAUCAAUCUGGGAUUCUGCAUCUUUAAAUCUGUACCUGUGUUUUAUUGCUUCUGCAUUCAGAUUGGAAAUGUUAACUAAAUAAAAUACUUUGUAUUAAUGUCAAA